AUGCCAUCGCAACUGACAGCUUUCCUACUCAUAUCAAACUUUGCUUUUACCGCUACGAUAAAAUGCCCAGGAACUCCUGUAGAUCAGGACAGAGAAGAUUUGAAAAGAAAUGUAGAAAUCUGCUUGGAAGCAUUCGCUCCAGCAUACGGACUAAAUUACAGCUGCCAGCUAGAGGAAGCGUUCUACACCGGAAAUUUUAGCGGAUUCAAAAAUAUUUCGACUAAGGAAGAUCCCUUUGAUGAUUUGGAUGUUCUCCGAGAAGUUGCUAGACGAAUGUGCCAAUUCAUUGAAUUUAUGGUAGAAGUAAGUUUCACUGUAUUUAACUUGAUUAUUGAUGACCAUUUCGUUUUGGAAGGCGAAUCAUUAAAUCAUUCAAUCAGCAAUGACAAAAGCGAGUGA